AUCGCUCUUCUGGUUUGUUUGCUGCUAGAAAUUACACCGUACAACAGAAUGGACACUUCUGAGUCUGUCAUUUUAUUCCGAACCGAAGCAGACUUCCAGCUGGAGCAAGACCGUCGGUCAAAACAAGUCCGAUUGAAAGACAUUGGUGAUCCCAUCUAUCUGGGAAAGUCGAAACCGCUGUGCCUUCACGUCGAGGAAGGCUUUGCCUGGACUGGAGAAAGUAAUGGCACGAUUACAAAGAGGUCUUUAGAGACCAACGAAGUGCACCAAGUCUUCCGUGGCCAUAGAGGGCCUGUUAGUGCCAUUUGCGUGUGUUGGCACACGAUGCGCCCAGCGCUGGCGAAGAAACGCCUCAUCAUUUCCGGCUCUUGGGAUAAACAUAUCAAGAUAUUUGACGACGAGAGCGGCCAAUUGCUGAGCGAUACAGAUGCUCAUACAGAUUUCAUCAAGUCUUUGACCCAUCUCGAUCUCGAGAACAUCAUUGUCUCAGGUGGCUCUGAUAAGGAGAUCCGAUUUUGGCUACUACCGCCUCAAUUCACCACCGGUUCCCAAAAAUUAGAAUGUGAAGGCUUCGUGCGAGAACACACGAGGCCGGUCGUGCGCUUGACGAGUCUGAGAGAUUUCCACACGGGCAAGCCUAUUUUGUAUUCUGGAGACAGCAUGGGAACCUUAUUCUCUUGGACGGUAAGCGUUCUACCCAGUGGUAAUGUCGGAAGACGGGUUCGUGCGACAAAGAUUGGCCAAUUCAAGGGUCAUUCGACUGGGAUAACGGACUGGUGUCUAGGAUCUGGACAGCUUUGGACAAGUUCAUCCGACAACUCCGUCCUCUUGCAUCGAACGAAUCAGGAACAUUCCGGCCCCCUUUCACAAAGUCGAAUCCAACAUUCUCAUCCUGUUAAAGCCUUGUUGGCCCUGCCAGUGACAGAACUGCAGAUACCCUAUCUCAUAACUGCAUGUUCCGACGAGAAAAUUCGUGUAUGGGAUGUUUCCGCGUUCGAAGACAAGCUAGGACCUGCCGAUUUGCUUCGAACAGUGGAUGCCCACUCCCACGAGAUAUCCUCUCUUGCACUGUGGCUUAGAAAAGGUGCUGAUGAAAUAAGGGUACCUUGGGUACUGAGCGCUAGUCUGGAUAGCACCUUGAGAAGAUGGAAAUUAUCUGACCUCCUUGCCCGUGACGAAACGGUGUUGCCUAACAGCUCAACUGAAGAAAGGGCCCCGUGCUUCGAGUUGACUGAGGAAGAGGAACGUGAACUACUAGAUUUAGAGCAAUAAAUGCCAUACUCUCAAUUGUAGUCAACUAAUGACUAAGACAAAAGAAUGCCCAUGACAUUCACA